GUCCGUCUCCUUCCUUCCCCACUCUUGCCUCCCCAUUUUGGACUUGUGCUCUCCCUCGCCCCUGCUCCUACGCUGAUGCAGUCAGUCAUCACUGGUAGUCGCCGCACAACAACCGAGUGAUCCAUCCAUCCAUCCAUCCAUCCAUCCAUCCAUCUAUCCUUCCUCCUCCUAUAUAUGGGCGAGCCAACCACGCUGCCUCCCAAUCACCAACUGCCCAGCUCCAUUCCUCACCCAACAAGCUCACCGCCUUCUCCUUCAUCAUCUUCCUCUAUUCAUCGCCGCCGCCGAGCUCAGCCGAGCAGUUGGGAAGGGAACAACAAGUAGACGUCGUCUUCGUCUUCUUCAAGGAGAAGCCGAUGACUCUGCGGCCACUCAACACAGAGAGAAGCUUCCUCCUCUCCUCCCCGAAGCCACACAGCCCCAGGGAUGCCUGCUCGCCGCCGGUGAGGUCGCCCUCCUCCACCAGGCUCCUCGCCUGCAGGAAGCUCCCCUCCUCCUCCAAGCCCAUGGCCACCGGCGCCGGCGUCCUCGAGAGGUCUCUCAGCUUCAAGAACUGGGAGCCCACUGCCGCCGAGGAGGCCGCCGUCGCCGCUCCGCCGCCGCACGAUGAGGCGGCCAGCCGGUGCAUCAACGGCGCGCGGCCGGGGAUCCUGCUGCUGCAGCAGAGCCCCAAAGCCAAGCAGGGCGACGCCGCGACGUCGCCGGCGCAGGCCGCGCUGAUCGAGUUCAUCUCGCCGAAGCCGCGGUCGGAGCUGGACCAGGCGGCGACCAAGGUGCAGAAGCUGUUCAAGGGGCACCGCACCCGGCGGAACCUCGCCGACUGCGCCAUUGUCGUGGAGGAGCUGUGGUGGAAGGCCUACGACUCCGCCUGCCUAAACAUCAAGUCCAUCUCCUUCUUCGACGAGGCCAAGCAGGAGACCGCGGCGUCCCGCUGGUCCAGGGCCGGCAAGCGCAUCGCCAAGGUCGGCAAGGGCCUCUCCAAGAACGAGAAAGCCCAGAAGCUCGCGCUCCAGCACUGGCUCGAAGCUAUCGACCCGCGCCACCGCUACGGCCACAACUUGCAUCUGUACUACGACAUCUGGUCUGCGAGCUCGAGCACUGAGCCAUUCUUUUACUGGCUGGAUGUAGGAGCUGGGAGAGACAUGCAUCACCAAAAGUGCCCGAGAAGCAAGCUUUAUUCACAGCUGAUCAUGUACCUUGGACCAAACGAGAGGGAAGCUUUUGAAGUUGUUGUGGAGGGUGGGAAGCUGAUGUACAGGAAGAGUGGAGUUCUUGUGAACACCACUGAAGAUUCCAAGUGGAUAUUUGUGUUGAGCACAACAAGAUCAUUGUAUGUUGGACAGAAGAAGAAGGGUAAAUUUCAGCACUCAAGUUUCCUAGCUGGGGCAGCUACAACGGCUGCUGGAAGAUUGGUUGCCAAAGAUGGUGUUCUUCAGGCGAUAUGGCCAUACAGCGGUCACUACCUCCCAACAGAAGAGAACUUCAGAGAGUUCAUCAGCUUCUUGGAGGAGAACAGUGUUGAUCUUGCCGAUGUCAAGAGAUGUUCGGUCGAUGACGAUGAAUUCCCGUCAUUCAAGAAGACAGAGGAGAAACCAGAGGAAGCUGAGAAGCCUACUGAACCCACACAUGAUGAGAUCAUGGACAGCUCACAAAUUGAGCUGCCUGAGGUAGACAUAGUGAAGGAAGCGGUUGUCGAAAACAGCGAGGACACCAAGGUGGCACCGAUCAUGGCCAGCCGCCCAUCCUUCAAAUGGGCAACCGCGAAUGGUGCUCGCAUUGGCUGUGUCCGGGACUACCCGGCUGAUCUACAGAGCAUGGCUCUUGAGCAUGUCAAUCUUUCACCAAGAGUGGUGCCCUCUCCUACUACAAACAGGCUGCCGAUACCGUCUCCUCGGCCAAGCCCGAAGAUCAGGCUGUCACCUAGGCUGCACUACAUGGGUCUCCCGACGCCUACCGGUUGCAAGCUCCCGAUCCCGAGCCCGGAGAUCAGGAGGUCACCAAGGGAUCAGUUCAUGGGGUUUCAGACACCGUCAGUGUCUCUCACACUCCCAAAGCUUGGGAAGUGAAUCAAGUGAUCAUGCCAUGGCAUUGUUCAUGCAGCGGUCUCAUGAUAUCAAUACUGCUGUUAUGGAAGCUAUAACAGCAAAAAUUUUUAGUUAGUUGUAGCUUAGAUCAGAGAUGACACCAUUUUUGUCGUUUGUUUUGUUUGUUCAUAAGUGUGCUGCCAUUCUUUAGUAUGUUCAUCCUCUUUGACCUGAGGUGAAUCCAGGGCACGGUGUAAACAACGAGCUGUAUAGCCUGGAUUCGCAAACUUUCAAGUACAGAAUGUGACUGGAUUUUUUUGAAAUUAAAGAGAUUAUUUUGCUCAGAUUCGUCUGUGAAGUAAA